GUAUUACUAUUGGCGGAUGCCAAAAACCUCUAUUGCUGGAGAGCUCUCAUCACAGCUGAAGAUAAUUAUUGUUAUUUAAUAGUAUUCAAUAAGUAGUAGUUCAAAUUUCUCAAAGUUAUUAAAGUUCGUUUCUAUAUUUCAUCAAAAUUUUGAAAAAUAGGUUUUAAAUUAGUUGAUAAAAUUUCUUAAACAUUACAUUAUAAAGAAGGUAACUAAGACUUACAUAUUCAUAAUGUUAAUACAAAAAAAAGAACUCUUGUUAUUAUUGAAACCGUACUAUUGGGUUAAUAUAAUUCUGACAUGUUCAUAUGUGUUUUGUAAAAAAACCGACAUUCUCUGCAAUUAUAUUUUUGCAGCCGCCGAAAAACCAUGUGAAUUAGAUACUGUGAGUAAUUUUUUCCAAUAAAUAAUUAAUCAUAUUGUUCCUGAUUUUAAAUAUUUUAUUGGUUUAUUUUUAAUCAAUAUUUUUAUUGUUUACAGAAAGAUUUAGAAAUAUUACUAUUUCUUAUGAUUGUUGUAAUGAUUCGCACAAGAAAAGCUGGAAGUGUCACUAUGGUUGCUUAUCUUUCUUCUAGUUUUUUGUAUACAAAAGGAGCAAAUUUAUUAUUAUGGUUCUAUGCAGACGUCAGAUAUGGUUUAUUCUUUACUGUUAUUAUUAUUGGUAUGAAAUUUUGAUGUUUUGAUUAUGUGUUACUACUAAAGAUCCACUACCGACAUUAUGUAAAAGUUUUGGACAAUCUAAGAAAACAUGUUACACUCAUAAGGAAUUAAAAAAAUAAUUACCUAUAAAUUAAAUAUUUUUUUUUAAUAAAAAACUAAUUUAAAUAGAUAAUCAAAAAGUGAUAAAUUGGGUUAUGUGAUAGAUUUUCAUUGUAGUUUAUCAAUUUCUUAUUUAAAACAAAUUUUUUUUGUGAUAAAGAAUAGUAAUUAUAUUACAAAUUUAAAAGGAAAUAGUUUUUCAUGUAAUUAAUUGGUACUAGGGUUCUUAAAUAGCUGGUUUUUGAACAGACAAUUGUAGAUGAUGUUAUACCAGGUUUAUACCAGUUAUUGGUAUAAACCUUUUACCGGCCUAUACAAAGUUGGUAAUUUUAAAUGUAUCAUUUAGUUGUAUGAAAAAUAAUUUUAUUGGUGUACAUAGUAGAGUAAUUAAACUAAAAAAGAUCCGAAACAAUCUUACGUAUUUGUGUAGUGAAUUUUUUGAUGCUAUUAGAGAUCAAACAGUCUAUAGACUUGUUAAUUACUGUGAGAAUGUGUAUGAACUAUGAAGUACAAAUUAAAGGCAUGUCUCUUCUAUGAAAACGCUAACACAGCCAUUUCGAAAAUAUUCCAUAGAAGUUUUUACAAGUACGACUGGUUUUAAAAAUAUUUUUGGAUUGCAAAAAUUGAAUACUUCUAUUAUCAUUUGAUAUUUGAGUGAAUAAAUCUUAAGAAUUCAUUUUUAAACAACUAUGUUCAAAAAUGUACUGUGACACUACAUUUAACAAUUAUUGGUUCAAAGUAAUUUUUGCCAAUGAAAUUGUUCAAUAAAACUAUAUUAACCUAUAUUAACCUAUAUUAACCUGUAUAGUAUGGUUUUUCUUGUAUUUUAUGAGUAAAUAAUAACUUAUUUUAUAUUACAUUUCAUUAUAUUUUUAUUAUUACAAAUGAAUAAUGAUGGUAGGUUUUAACAAAUCUGAGUGAAAGGGCGAUAUAUUUUUCAAAUGCUCAGGCGCCCCGAUAACAAACCAGAAUCGAAAGAUACUAUAGGUACAUAUAAAUAUUACUCAUAUUUUUCAGUUUUGUAAACAUAUUUAGUAAACUGAUCUUAAAUAAAAAAAAACAAUAAUUUCUAUUAAGUUAAAGGUUGUUUUUAAUUUACAUGAAAAUAAUAUUUUUCUUUUUAUAAUCUUGUUUAUUACUGAACUAUAUAACAGCAAAUUAAUUCAGGAAGGGGGGAGGGUCUUUCUCUUGUUUUUCUCUGAUGUGGAAUGAUGAAGUGAUGAUAGCCAAUGUUAUAAUAUAUAUAUGUAUAUAAACCUGUAGUUAAUAUUUUAUAAGUUGGAAAUUCAAAUUGGUACCUAUUUAUAUUCAGAAAAAAAUUAUUUAUUGUAUGGUUGAUUUAUUAGUUUUAUGAAUAAUAAAUAAACAAAUAACACAAUAAAUUGAAAAAGAAUAAAAUAUUUCAAGUAUGAAAAUAAAAUGUAUGAAUUUUAUGAUGGACAGUAGUUCUCAAACAUUUCUAUUUAUGGAUCACAUAAUCUACACACAAAGUAUAUAUUUUUUUAAAUCUGUAUGGGACCAAGAAUCAAAAAUAUAAAUUUGAAUCACAACUCACAAGCUCCUAAAUUAUUCUUGCAGAGCCCUAAGACUCUAAAAAUCACUAAUAAAAACCAAUUAAGAAAUAAUAUAUUUUUAACAUUAAAUAUUUUAUUUUAUUGUUUUAUAGUGAUAUGUUUAUUACUACCAGAGCCAACAUUCUCUGGUCCAGAAAAUGUAGUUUACUUUAGAUCAUUAUCAACUUUGAAAGAAACUUUAAAUGAAAAUAAACCACAUACUGUAUGGUUGGUGUGUUUUUACACUGUUUGGAAUCCUACAUGUGCAAAUUUUGCUCCGAUAUUUUCACAAUUAUCUGUAGAGUAUGUAUUUAAAUAUUGUUAAAUAUACAGGAAUUAUACACCCUACAGUAGAAUGUUUUUAUAACUUAAAGAAUUUGUAUUUUAUGUAUUUGUUGAAGCUAUAUAAUGUUUAACUUUGUUAACCAUUUUUAGAUUCUGAGCAUAGAGAGAGAGUAUUGGUAUUAUUAGGAAUUGUGUUUAUUUUUUCAAUCUGUGAACAAAUUUUCUGCUAGAAAAAUAUAUAUAUGUAAUGAACUUUGCUCAUGAUGGUUUUUCAUUAGCAUUAGUUUAUCAUUGUAUACAAAGAUAUAUAUAUAUAUAUUAAUUAUUUGUAUGUAUCCUCCCAAUUUCCCAAUACAACUGUAAAACAUUCAUCCUUAGUAUCAGCUCUCUUUUUAUGUUAAUUUGGGUCCUUACAAAUAAUUUCUACUGUAUAUUUAGAUAUUCCGGUACUUUUUAAUUGUAUUAUGUUUGUUUGUAUAAACUAUUUUUAAUAUAAAUGUGUUUUAGGUAUGAUUCAAAAUAUCUGAAGUUUGGUAAAAUUGAUGUUAGUCGGUAUCCUGAUGCUGCUAAGAGUUUUAAUAUAAAUAACUCAGCACUUAGCCGACAAUUGCCAACUGUAAUCGUGUUUAAAAAUGGUGAAGAAAUAUUUAGACGGCCAACAUUUGAUAGCAAAGGAAAAGUUUUUAAAUUUUUUUUCACAGAGGUAUGAAUUUAUUUUAUAUAAUGGUAUGUGACAAAAAUAAAUACUAUUUUUCUAUGUUUUAGCCAAAUUUUAAAGCAUCUUUUGACUUGAACAAUAUUUACAAUCAAUGUAAAAUAACAGAAAAGAAAAAGAAUGGUGAAGAUAAACAUAAUAUUAAUAAGAAGGAUAAAAAAAAGGCUAAUUGAAUUAAAAAAAAAAAACAAAAACAAAAUGUAUGUAAUCAUGUGUAUGUGUUUAUGUGCACAUAUUCAUUUUAAUUUAAUGCAAUUUUCAAUCUAAAUAAUUUUAGUGAAGAUGAAUGAUGAAUGUGCACAUUUUUUUUUGAGAUUUUACUGUGACAUUAUUAAAGUAUUAUAAUGAACCAAAAUCUAGCAAUGUUAGAUAUAGAGAUUUUUGUAUAAAAAUUAGAUUUAUAACAUUUUUUCUCAUUAAUAUAACUUUAGAGUAUUUAAAUUAAUUAGAAGUUACAGACUAUUGUCAUAAAAUUAAACUUAACUAGUCAUUUGAUAUUUAAGUAUUGUAAUAAUUUAAAAGAAACAUUCACUCCAAGCCACAAAUAUAAUACAUAUUAAUUCAAAGUAUUAAAUAUUUUAUAUACAACAGUAUUAACUUAGAGUAGAAUUUAUUCCUUUUUUGUAUCAAUUAACAAAUGUAUUCAAUUUUAUUUAUUUUGUGAUUUUUUAAAAUACAUUUCACUUAUAAAUAAUGGUAUUGAACUAUAUAUAAUAAAUGUGCUUUGUUAUUUAAAAUUUA